CGUCCCGCAGGCUCCGCCCACUUCCGGGUUUGGAGCGCCCGGCCCGCAUGGCGGCCGGCAAGCGCCCGGCGGCCGGACCUCGGUCGCCAGCUGCCAUGGCCCAGUGGAGGAAGAAGAAGGGGCUCCGGAAGCGCCGGGGCGCGGCCUCCCAGGCCCGCGACAGCGACUCGGAGGACGGCGACUUUGAGAUUCAGGCGGAGGAUGACGCCCGGGCGGGGAAGCUGGGACCUGGCAGACCCCUGCCCACCUUUCCCACCUCAGAGUGCACCUCAGACGUGGAACCAGACACCCGGGAGAUGGUGCGAGCCCAGAACAAGAAGAAGAAGAAGUCUGGAGGUUUCCAGUCCAUGGGCUUCAGCUACCCGGUGUUCAGAGGCAUCAUGAAGAAGGGUUACAAGGUGCCCACGCCCAUCCAGAGGAAGACCAUCCCAGUGAUCCUGGACGGCAAGGACGUGGUGGCCAUGGCCCGGACGGGCAGCGGCAAGACGGCCUGCUUCCUGCUUCCCAUGUUCGAGCGGCUCAAGACACGCAGCGCCCAGAGCGGGGCUCGCGCCCUGGUCCUCUCGCCCACCCGGGAGCUGGCCCUGCAGACCAUGAAGUUCACGAAGGAGCUGGGCAAGUUCACUGGCCUCAAGACUGCCCUGGUCCUGGGCGGGGACAAAAUGGAAGACCAGUUUGCAGCCCUGCAUGAGAGUCCUGACAUAAUCAUCGCCACCCCCGGGCGGUUGGUGCACGUGGCUGUGGAGAUGGGCCUGAAGCUGCAGAGCGUGGAGUACGUGGUCUUCGACGAAGCAGACAGGCUCUUUGAAAUGGGGUUUGCCGAGCAGCUGCAAGAGAUCAUCGGCCGCCUCCCCGGGGGCCACCAGACGGUGCUGUUCUCCGCCACGCUGCCUAAACUGCUGGUGGAGUUUGCCCGGGCAGGCCUCACGGAGCCCGUGCUCAUCCGGCUGGACGUGGACGCCAAGCUGAACGAGCAGCUCAAGACCUCCUUCCUCCUGGUGCGCGAGGACGCCAAGGCCGCUGUGCUGCUGCACCUGCUGCGCAACGUCGUGCGGCCCCAGGACCAGACAGUGGUGUUCGUGGCCACAAAGCACCACGCCGAAUACCUCACGGAGCUGCUGACGGCCCAGCGGGUCAGCUGCACCCACAUCUACAGCGCCCUGGACCAGACAGCCCGCAAGAUCAACCUGGCCAAGUUCACACACGGCAAGUGCUUGGCCCUCAUCGUGACCGACCUGGCUGCCCGGGGCCUGGACAUCCCGCUGCUGGACAAUGUCAUCAACUACAGCUUCCCUGCCAAGGGCAAGCUCUUCCUGCAUCGCGUGGGCCGCGUGGCCCGGGCCGGCCGAAGUGGCACAGCCUACUCCUUGGUGGCCCCAGACGAGGUUCCCUACCUGCUGGACCUGCACCUGUUCCUGGGCCGCUCCCUCACCCUGGCGCGACCCCACGAGGAACCCUCAGGUGCUGGCACGGACGGCGUGCUGGGCCGGGUGCCGCAGAGCGUGGUGGACGACGAGGACUGCGGCCUGAGGAGCACCCUGGAGGCGUCGCUGGAGCUGCGGAGCCUGGGCCGCGUGGCGGACAAUGCCCAGCAGCAGUACGUGCGCUCGCGGCCAGCGCCCUCGCCCGAGUCCAUCAAGAGGGCCAAGGAGCUGGACGUGGCGGGGCUGGGCCUGCACCCCCUCUUCAGCUCGCGCUUUGAGGAGGGGGAGCUGCGGCGGCUGAGGCUGGUGGACGGCAUCCGGAGCUACCGCGCACGCUCGACCAUCUUUGAGAUCAAUGCCUCCAGCCGGGACCUGAGCAGCCAGGUGAUGCGUGCCAAGCGGCAAAAGGACCGCAAAGCCAUCGCCAGCUUCCAGCAGGGACGGAAGGAGCAACAGGAGCGGCAGAAAACUCUGGCCGGCCCCUCCCCGCGCUGCCCAGCACCUCAGGAGGAGCAGCCUGGGAAGGAAGAGGACGAGGGAGAGAAUGUGGAGGAUGUCUUCACAGAGGUCACGGGCCAGAAGCGGCAGCGGCCACCACCUCACAGAGGAGCCAAGAGGCGGAGGGAGGAGGCCCAGCAGCGGGACCAGGAGUUCUACGUCCCCUACCGGCCCAAGGACUUCGACAGCGAGCGUGGCCUGAGCGUCGGUGGGGUCGGCGGAGCCUUCGAGCAGCAGGUGGCUGGGGCGGUCCUGGACCUGAUGGGGGACGAAGCGCAGAACCUGACCCGAGGCCAGCAGCAGCUCAAGUGGGACCGGAAGAAGAAACGGUUUGUCGGACAGUCGGGACAGGAAGACAAAAAGAAGAUCAAGACCGAGAGCGGCCGCUAUAUCAGCAGCUCCUACAAGCGGGACCUCUACCAGAAGUGGAAACAGAAACAGAAAAUUGAUGAUCGGGACUCAGAGGAGGAAGGGACAUUUGACCGGCGAGGCCCAGCACGAAGAGGUGGGAAGCGAGGGCGUGGCCCAGGUGCCUCCCAGCCCCGGGCCCCCGGAGCCCCCGCAGGCCGCGUGCGCUCAGAGCUCAAGACCAAGCAGCAGAUCCUGAAGCAGAGACGCCGGGCCCAGAAGAUGCGCUUCCUGCAGCGCGGGGGCCUCAAGCAGCUCUCUGCGCGCAACCGCCGCCGGGUCCGGGAGCUGCAGCAGGGCGCCUUUGGCCGGGGCGCCCCCUCCAGGAAGGGCAAGAUGAGGAAGAGGAUGUAAGGACAGGACCCGGCUGGCCCCGAGUCAUUUCCCGUGCGCCACUGGGGAGCCGCCUGCCGGAGCCGCGUCCAAGAAGAAGGGCUGCGUGGCGGGGUGGCCCCUGCCUCUGCUGAGAGCCAAUCGAUAGGGGCCCUGCCGGGCGUGUAGGAGUUCGCCAGCAGAGCCGGGGCCGAGACCUGAGUUGGCAGCGUAGUCACUGCGGCUCCGUGAGUUCUGGUUCAGAGGUCGUGGUCACCUGGGCCUGGGCCCUGGUGCUCAGCUCGGUGGUUUUUCGUGUAAUAAACCUUCCUUGAGUUCCUCUGCUAGGCCACGAGUGCAGUCUCCCUGGGAGUGGGAGGGGGAGACCCAGACUCAAAUCGCAGCUGAGGUGGCUUUGGGAGUGUGUAUGUGUGCCCCCUGGUGCCACCCGGGUCCCCUGAGGGUGCUCUGGCAUCUCCAAUGAGAAAGUGAGACGCCCAGGGGAGUCGGCUGCCUGUGGUGGGCUCAGGACCGGGAGCUGGGCCACAGGGUCAGCUGCUGCCCUCUGGCAUGAGAGGUCAGGGGCCUCCAGCAGCUGGACCCCAGGAUGGGUCCCUCCCUGGCAGAGGCCUGCAGGGGGCACAGGUCUCCCGCACGCUGCUGCCAGCAGCCCUCUUGCUGGUCUGCCCUGACCCACACCAGACGGCCCCCAGGACGACCCAGGACAGGGGUGGAGGAGGUGCGCCCCUCUAGGCCCCCGGCAUCCCGAGCAGCUCCCGUCUUCCUCAGGGCCGCACAGCCGGCGCCCCUCCCCAGGGCUGGGCUCCCCACUCGCUGCUCACCUGGGUCAGGGCUGGAAGACGGCGGCCGCAGGCUCAGUCUGGCGAUGGCUGGCCAGCACGGCCGAGUGGUCUAGGAUGAACAGCUUCACCUGGGGGACCCAGGGCAGCCAGGUCACAUCCCAGCCUCUGUUGGAGGGGAAGCCCCCACCCACCACCCCUGGGAGGCUGCAAGGCAGGGGUGCGGGCUGGAGGCCCCAUUACAGGGAGCAGUGAUGCCGCGCGGUUCCCUCCAAAGACUCUUCCCCGACACCCACGCGCCCAGCCAUAGCAUCUGGCCACAUCACUGCCCUGCUCUUCUAACCCUUACGUCAAGGUGUCCUCUGUGUCCAACACCCGUCAAGACCGGACCGAGCAAGCCAGUUAGCAUAAAGGUAUCAUUUAUCACUCAGCUUAAGUUUUCAUGGGUGCCCUAUACAUAGGGUUCACUGGGUCGGGUAUAGUCAUUGGUUUGUGACCUGUCAC